AUGGGUUGGACAGCAGCAGCAAUUAUACCCUCUGGCACAGGCAACGAUCUUGCGCAUACUUACGGAUGGAAUACAGCCCCAUUUCCUACGCACGACCCGCUUAGAAAAGACAAUCUGGAGAGGAUCUUGAAACUUUUAGAGCACUCCGAUCUUGUCUUUCAUGACUACUGGCGUGUUACUGUUGUAACAAAAGAAGAAGAAGGCGGCUUUAGUGCCUGGUGUAAUACUGCAAAAAGUGUCGUUCGGCUAGGAGAAGACAGAAAUGGGGGAGUUCGCAUCAAGUCAUUCAUCAUGAGCAACUACUUCAGCAUUGGGUUUGAGGGCGCUGUAGGCACACAGUUUGAUAAAUAUAGAGGGUCUUCUAGACUAUGGAAUAGAGCAUUAUACGGGUUUUUAUUCCUUGCACAUUCAAAUACUGAACCCAAACUUUGUGAUGCCGUUGAUACUAUAUUCACCUUUAACCCUCAGCUGGUAGCGCUGGUUAGCAACAGCGAUAUGUACGAUCAAAUCCCUGGAUUACUGCCAUGCGUUUCUAUUACCUUUUUAAAUUCAAGAACAAUCCUUGGUGGCUUAGAGCUGUGGGGACCCUCUGUAAAACUGGGCCUAUCACCCCCUAAAGACCCUAAUGCUUAUGCAGACUUUGAAGCUGCUGCGCAUGAACUUCUCACUACGAAAGCCGACAGUGGCGAUGGAAAAAUAGAAGUUUUCUCCAUGGGGUCUACAGCAGACUACGUACAAGCGCAAGCGGUCCGAGCCAAUGCGAUUCAGCGAGUAAUGCAGGGGUCGGGGCCCUUUUUGCUAACUUUCAAAGACGGCAUCGGGGAUAUGCCUUUUCAAGUCGAUGGAGAAUACUUUUUUGCUCAUGGGGUAGGAAGUAUUUCCGUGCGACAGUAUGGUUCAUUUGGGGUUCUUAGAUACCGAGGAGGGCUUUAA